CAUAUCAUACUUUUCAUUCUAAAAAAUAUUAGACUUUAAUGUCUCAGUAAGGUCUCUGUAAAUUUUCAUCCCAUAAAACCCUUUAGAUCGUUCACACUGCCCCUGUCAAUGUGUGGUUUUCACUCCCCAUCAGCAAACGCUGUGUUUUCUGGGCGUGUCGCAAGCGAAGCUGCUCGCCACACCUCUGUGCGGAAGCGCAUACCUUUUUUGUUGUUGUUGUUGUUUUUUUUAAAUUGGCUCCAUGGAUACGAGCCACCGCACGGUUAGGAUACAAUAGGUGGCAGUAGUGCGACAUUGAGAAUGCAAUCCACCGCAAUCCUCCACAGAAGAAGACCCACUACAGGACUGCACAACAUUAACCAGCUGAUUCGUAGCGUAGUAGAACCAUACGUCUACGAUCCCGAAUCUGACCCUGAAGCUGAAGAGGAGGCUGUUGAAGUCACCACAUUUCGGCUGAUGCAAGAUGUGUCUCAUGCUUGUUACAGGUAUCUAGUCUACAGAGGCUAGUGAGCUGGUGCUGAGGAUUCCUGGGGUGAAGAAUCUGAGUUGCCAUAUCUUCAUGCUUGGAUUGUUGACGAAGGCAGAGUUUCUUGAUGGAUAAAACACUAAAACACUCAUUGUAUGAUGGAUGUAGACCACCUGUGGAAUAACUCCUUUACCAUUUGAGUAAAAAUGUGUUUUUUGUGAGUGCAACACUCAUUUAGAAUGUUUUUAUUUUAUUUAUAUAUAAUUUAUAUGCUUUUUAUUUAUGGCCGCUUCAACUUUAUAGCUUACCAUAUUAGAAAGAGAAAGACAUGUAAUUUCAAUACUAUGAUUUCCUAAAUAAAAGUGUUUUACCUUCAGAAACAGAGUUUAGUGAAAUACAUAAUAGUUAAAGCCAACUUUAUUGUAAACCAAAAAAAUACACCACUACUCCAAAGCUAGAACAAACCUUCACACAACCUUCACACUCCAAUGUGCAAUGUAUAGGUUACUGAGUUAAUUAAGAAUUAAGAAGUCUGGGGGUUUGAGGACAGAAGCUUUUGCAGGGCCUUGCAGACGAAAUGCAUGAAAGUAGGGUAAACAGGGAGAUGUGGUGAUCCUUGUUCUCAUCACUAUUUGAAAGACUGAGCGGAAGCAGUCCUCUACCAGAUGGAAGCUGUGGCUGUCCUCACCAUCACCUCAUCAAAACAAAAGGGGGAGGCUGUUCCUGUCGCAGCUCCCGCUGCGGUUCCUGGCGGCUCGGCUCCGGCCGCACCUGCAUCGGUUCCUGGCGGCUCGGCUCCGGCCGCAUCUGCUUUGGUUCCUGGCGGCCCGGCCGCAUCUGCAUUGGUUCCUGCCUUGUCUCUGUCUCUGCUGCCGGACUGGUGGCCUCGCCCUCGGCGCAUCCAGCUGUUUGGAUGGCGCUGCCUCUUGCGGCGACGUCCGCCUCGACUCCUCAGCCUCCUGGAUCAGCGUCCGCCUGGAGGACAUCGCCAUUCGGGGUGGUCCCCGUGGACGUUGGCCCAGCUCAAGGGCACUAAAGGUGCCACCCUGCCUCAGCGGCGGCUGAGUAGGAUCUCGCCCCGUCUCCACCCUCAGUGAGGGAAUUCCUGGACUCUGUGUUUUUUCUGGUCGUGGACUUGGUUUCUGUCUUGUGGACUCUUGCUUUGACCCUCCUCCGGUCCUCCCUCCACCCGCCCUGCUCGUUUGCCUUGAGGGGUAGGGGUUCGGUCCCUCCUCCUGAGACCACCCUCCGCCCGCCCUGGUUUGGGGGGGGGGGGGGGGGGGCUUCCGUGGGCGCUGUGGAAGGCUUCUUCUUCUAUCCAGCUCUUAGCUUCUUGUCUCUCGUGUUUUGACCUUGACGUCCCUUGACUACCGCAUCCUGCCUGAACCUUGUUUGCUACCGCUGCCUGGAGAAGAACUUUGCCUGAACAACUGACCGUGAGUUUACUUAGCCCUUGCCUGUACCGUCACCGAGAUACUCUGUGUACCGAACCUUGCCUGCUUGCUGGACUCGAGACUGCCUGCUCCAUUCUGUACCUCGUUACCAAGCCUUGUGUAUGACCUGGACCGUCUGACUCUGCAUUACGAAAUAAAACCUGUAUUAAUCAUCACCUUGCCUCUGUGCUGUGCAUGUGGGUCCGACGCCUGCCCCAAGUCUGACAACUACUGCCCAUCGGUGGUUACAACAGAAUACCAUUUACAGUAUAUUAUAACAUCCUCCUACAGUACUUCAGAAGAAAAAACAUGUCACAGACCGUCAGGACGCUGACAUGAUGCAGGACACAGAUGCACAGCCGGAGACCAAACUCAGUUUGGUAAUUUAUUUAAUAAACAGGCUGCUGUGACCCUACCCAAGUUCAAACUACGUUGGCUUCGGACACAGGACAGGAAGGAAAAGGCCAAGGCAAGUCUGCUGGGGGAGUACCGAAAACUUUACACUUUACAACAUUACAACAUUUACAACAUUAACACCAAUGUGCCACCUUUGCCGAGGCUCAGCCAUAGCAUGAUUUCUUUUCCUUUGAGGAUGAAGAUGAUACUUUUACUGCUGAAAGUCAAGUCACACAUUAUUUCAAGAGUUUGACACUUUGAAACUUGGUAGGAUUUGGGGUGAAACCCUCCAUGCAUUGUAAGGAACUUCCUUGUCUUGAUGUCAGUGGCCUCCAUCUUCUCUUACCAGCUUACUAUGACCGGGAGGGCAUAGGUGUUGAUCGCCCGGACCUCGUUCUUCCCAUUCAGCUGUCUUCUCAGGACUUGUCUUACCCUUUGGAGGUACUUAGUGGUUGCUGUUUUCCUUGCGGCCUCUUCGUGUUCACUAUUUUCGUGCGUGAUUCCAAGGUAUUUGUAGCUAUUCUCCACAUCUGUUAUCUUGCCUUCUGGUAGUUCUGUCUAUGUUCUGAAGUCUAUGUUUCAAUUUCCUCCUGUUAGCCUUCUUCCCCGCCCUGAUCUUGUCACCUUGUUCCUGCAAUAUCUGUCUGGCUGAGUAAGUUGACUUUAACCUGCCUCUGACCACCAUUUUUUCUGUGCUGUUACCUACCUUGUUCUGGUUUUCUUUUUAAUUUUGUUAUUUCCAGUCUAGUUCCUGUUUGUAUUCCCCAGGCGCUUUGAAUGAGAGCCCACUUUAAAGACCAAUUUCAUUGUUACAUGAUCAUAAGAUCUGAUACUGACCAAUAGCAUUCAUACCUCGUAAGUCUCGCCUGUGAACUGAACCUUGAUUUUGUUUUGAUCUUGCUUGCUCCCUCUGUUCUGGUGUUUGGACCACUGCUGGAGACUGACCACCCGCUUCGGAUGUUAUCACGCCAUUCAAUGGCCAUUAUUAGUAGUUAUCAUCCCAUACGUAUGGGCUAGUAGGUACCUACUCUAACUAACAGAUACUGUAGCAGCUAGCUAAUUUGUAACGUUCAGGUUACAGUAGGUUCGUUGUUAAGUUAUGCUCGCUAAUAUAAUAAAAAAACAGUUGAUUCUCCCACAACAACCACUGAACAACAACCACUCGACAGCGCCCAUACUGACUUAGUUGGUUUAAACGUAACCUUACGAAUAGAUGAUGACGACCUACUGCUCCUACUCACAACUGCCAGUAGGUAAAGUAGGUACCUAGCGGCCCAUAUGUAUGGACUGAUAUCCACUGAUGAUGAAUCAUUGAAUAGCGUGAUAACGUCUGAAGCCGCUCGACUGACUGCCAAUUGCCUAACCCCUGCCUAUACUGCUACAUAUGCUAACCUUUAACUAACCAUGUCACCUAUUAGGUUUAUAGUAACAAAAUAACAUUGAGCGUGGUCCUGACCCUAGUCUGCUCAGUCCACUCUGUUUCACAUUCCACUCUCAGAAACUGUCUAACUUUCCGUCAGCCUAAGGUUGUAGAACAUAGUUUACCAAUGCUGAACGUCAAAGAAAAUGAUUGGGCCGCAACAUUUGAUUAGCAUUAAUGAGAUCCGCAGAGCAUCACGGAGCAACUUAAAGCACCAGCCAGUCAGUAGCUGAGUUCAGCCACCAUCUAUCUGCACAGCCACAUCUUAGCACUGACUCGUAUCUGUGUCUUAAUGGGUAAUAAGUUGGUAAAUGUAACGUAUAUCACCCGCGACGGGUACGUGGAGUUGUCUAAGUACAGGUGUCUCUACUUCCUGCUGCUGUUCACUGCCUAUGUUCUGAUUCUGUGCAGUAACUCCACCAUCGUGUGUCUCAUAGUGCUUCACAGGAGCCUCCAUGAACCCAUGUACGUGUUCAUUGCCGCUCUGUUGACCAACUCUCUUCUUUUCAGCUCUGCUCUUUAUCCAAAGCUGCUGCUGGACGUUUUAUCAGAGACACCGGUGGUGUCGUACCCAGUCUGCCUCUUCCAGUGGUUCAUGUACUACACGUUGGGUGGCUCAGAGUUCCUGCUGCUGGCGGCCAUGGCCUACGACAGAUACGUGUCCAUCUGUCGACCUCUGUUGUAUCCCAGCAUCAUGAGGAAGGCCAACGUCUGUGUCUGCCUGCUUCUGGCCUGGAUACUCCCUUUCUGCUACGUCUCAGUGCCGAUUGCAAGGAUUUCAAAUGAGAAACUGUGUAACUUUACUUUAAAAGGAAUUAUAUGUAAUAGCAUCAUCCUUAAACUUGUCUGCAGUUCAGUGGUUCAGCUAAAUACCUAUGGGCUUCUGGUUCUGGUGAACAUCUUGCUGCUCCCGUUGCUCUUCAUCUUGUUCACCUACAUCAGGAUUCUGAUCAUUUCUUAUCGCAGCGGCAGAGACGUGAGGAGGAAAGCUGCUAACACCUGCUUACCUCACCUGCUGGUUCUCAUCAGCUUCUCCUGUUUGGGUAUCUAUGAUGUGCUUCUGGCUCAGAUCAAAACUGAUUUUUCAAACACUAUGCUUUUAAUAAUGUCAUUACAGGUCAUUUUAUAUCAUCCUCUGUUUAAUCCUAUCAUAUAUGGAGUGAAAAUGAAGGAAAUAUAUAAACACGUCAUCAAACUGUUCUGUUCUAAAGUCUAUCAUUAGGUCCAGUCGAGUGCUUUGUAAAACACAGAUGCUACCCAGCGGGCACACAACUGACCUUCAACGUUAAAAUAUGGUUCAAACAAUGUCAGUCAUUAAUGUGACGUUGAUGUAACAUUGAAACAGCGUUAAUUCUAACGGUUGUAAAAAGGGUGACAAAUACUGAUAAAUCAACAUUGACUUUGGUUAAAAUACUGUCAGUUAUGUUUGUAACAUUGAUGUAACAUUUAAACAACAUUUAAUGCGAACUGUUGUAAAAAGGUUGACAAAAUGCUGAUAAAUCAAUGUUGACAUAGGGUUGAAAUAAUGUCAGUUGUUUCUGUGGCAUUGAGGAACAUUGAAACAACGUUUGAUGCUGACGGUUGUAAAAAGGUUGACAAAAUACCUAAAGGUUGUAAAAAGGCAAAAAAAAAGCCCUUACAUGAAGUUAAAAAAAUAUUAACGUUAAAAUGACAGAUUGUCUUUAACAUAUGCUAUUAAUGAGACUUUAUUUACUGUACAUGUAAAUACCUAUUUAAAUUAUCAUUUUUGAACUUGAACGAAAUUUUAUUACAUUUUUUAAAUGUUUAAAUAUGCAUAAUAAAGUAUGAGUUUA